GUUAGCUUAGAAGGGUUUUAUCCUUGACAGAAAACCGAUAGUUCACUGCCUAUUCUUUACUCUAAAGGACCCUGUCGCAUCGCUCCGAUCCGACAACCAUCGAAUUCUGAUAAGAGAUAACCGUAGCCCCAUCUCUAUCUUUAUAUUCCGGCAAUCCCCUCCCUCCCCUUCUCCCCCUUCUGUUACAAUUGCAGAGGUCCUUUAUCAAUUAAUUAUACCCGUGGUAAAACCGAUAACUCAUUAUGGCGGGGGAAAACACACCCGUGGGGCCCCUCAUUCAACUCCCAAUUUUGGACAUCUCGAAUCCGAACGACCCCGCCGUGGGGAAGGCGAUGCUGGACGCAGCCGCGAAAUAUGGCUUCCUCUACGUGAGCAGCAAAGGAACUGACUUCACCGUCAGUGAUGUUGAGAAGGCCUUUGACCUUUCUAGGCAGUUCUUUAAGUCCCCCGUGGAGGAAAAGGCGGCUUGUCGGAUCCAGCCCAAUAAUUAUGGCUGGUCCGGUAUGCAUGUCGAGACGCUGGAUCCAGAGCACCAACGGACAGGUGACUUCAAAGAGGCAUUCAACUUUGGGGAAUUCAAAGACGGGAAGGCCCAACACCCACUGCCGCGAUCCCUGACUUCACAUGAGCCGGAAAUCGCUCAUUUCGCAGAUCUCUGCAACAAAACCUGCGACAGGAUCCUCAAGCUGCUAGCACUUGGACUCGAGAUCCCUGAGGACUUCUUCACAGCUCGUCACGACCCCAGUCAAGGCCCGACUGGUUGUAAUCUCCGUUACCUCUAUUACCCGUCAAUCGCCUCCCCGGCAACCUCAUCUUACCAGCACGGCACCGACGUUCGUGCAGGCGCCCAUUCCGACUAUGGCAGCGUCACCUUGCUCUUCCAGCGUCCCGGCCAGCCAGGCCUGGAGAUCCUGACGCCAGAAGGAACCUGGGCACCCGUCCCAGUGCAACCAGGGCAAACUGCUGAGGAGGACAGGGAUGCUGCCUUCCCUUUCCCUCCUAUUCUAGUCAAUAUCGGCGACUUGCUUAGCUACUGGACAGAUGGGCUUCUGAAAUCAACCGUCCACCGCGUCGUUUUCCCACUAUCGGAGCAACAGACCCCCAACCCGCAGGAUCGUUACAGUAUCGUCUUCUUUUGCCACCCAUUGGAUAAGACAGAACUGGUCCCUGUCCCUAGUGAUAUAGUAACCGCCCAUCGACAAAAGUGCAAGGAGAGUGGUGUCCAGGACGAGAAAGUUGGCUUUGGCGGCGGAGCUGGGAGUCUGGAACCAGGCAAACGAACCCUGACGGCCCAAGAACACUUAGAGGCACGAUUGGCUGCAACGUACAAGUUCGAUAAAUGAUAGCUGGAAUGUGGCUUCGAGACCACAGAACUGUAUCCUGUUCCGCUUGCGUUAUAUACCUUGUUAUCCAACACUAAGCAGUAGAAGAA